CAGUUCUUCAGUGCAAGGAGUCGUGUGCUGUUGCAGUGCGGGCGGUCGCAGAAAUGCCUCGCCGUCACAAGGAAUACAACGUGAAAAGUUCUAAAUGUUUCUCAGUGCCAGAGAUUCUGAAACCGAAAGUUGCUGCUAAGUGCUCCGAACUUCAGCAGCGCAAGAGAGCCGCGGCGGUGGGCGAAGGACGCGCCCCAGUCGUUUUUCAAGAAACUGGUGGACUUUUGGGGCACCUUGUUGGAAGGCACAGGAAAAUAUCACCAGGUCUAAUGCCCCCUGGAUCUCCAGGAAUAUUUCGGCGAAAAUCAUCCAAUGCCGAUCUUCCGCCGUUUACGACUUGCUCCCAGUCCGCUAGAGCGAGUAUUGGUGACAUUCUUGCCCACAAGAUGGCGGUAACUGGUGCAGGCGUAACACCACAAGGUUGGCCCAACACGAAAGAUGAUUAUGAACUGAAGGAAGUAAUUGGUGUUGGUGCAACUGCAGUGGUCCAUGGUGCCUUCUGUAAACCAAGACAAGAAAAAUGUGCCAUCAAACGAAUAAAUCUCGAAAAAUGGAACACGAGCAUGGAUGAAUUAUUGAAGGAAAUUCAGGCCAUGUCUUCAUGCAACCAUGAAAAUGUUGUGACGUACUAUACAAGCUUUGUGGUUCGUGAAGAACUGUGGUUAGUGCUUCGUUUGUUGGAGGGAGGCUCACUGCUGGACAUAAUUAAGCACAAAACGCGUUCCUCCAAUUGUCAUCAUGGCGUCUUUGAUGAGUCUACCAUCGCCACUGUUCUCAAGGAAGUACUAAAAGGGCUGGAGUACUUUCACAGCAAUGGGCAAAUUCACAGAGACAUUAAAGCCGGCAACAUUCUACUGGGAGAGGAUGGAACUGUGCAGAUUGCAGACUUUGGGGUGUCGGCAUGGCUGGCUACAGGCAGGGACCUUUCCAGACAAAAAGUGCGGCACACGUUUGUUGGAACGCCGUGUUGGAUGGCGCCAGAAGUUAUGGAACAAGACCAUGGCUACGACUUCAAAGCAGACAUUUGGUCAUUUGGAAUCACAGCGAUUGAAAUGGCAACAGGAACCGCCCCCUACCAUAAGUACCCACCUAUGAAAGUCCUGAUGUUAACACUUCAGAAUGACCCUCCGACACUUGAUACUGGAGCGGAAGAAAAGGAUCAGUACAAAGCGUAUGGCAAAACGUUUCGCAAGAUGAUUGUCGACUGCCUUCAGAAAGACCCGUCAAAAAGGCCGACAGCAACCGAGCUCUUGAAACACCCCUUCUUCAAGAAAGCGAAGGACAGAAAAUAUCUUCAGCAGACAUUAGUAGCCAUUGGCCCAAGCUUAGAAACAAGAGUACAAAAAGCGUCAAAACGGCAGCCUGGAACAUCAGGGCGACUUCAUCGAACCGUAACAGGCGAGUGGGUUUGGUCCUCAGAGGAAGAAGGUGGUGAAUCUUCAGAUGAUGAGUGUGGGGAGAAGCCAAUGAAUAACAUUGAAACAGUUGGAUCGUCAGGCAGUGAGAAGGACUUGACUGACACAGAGGGCAGUGCUGGUACUGGGACAGGCACGAGAACAAGUGAAAUUAUGGGGCCCGAUGUCGCACAGGAUAACUUGUGUCGGAUGCAGGCCCAUGCAGUUCCUCCAGUGAAUCUUGUACUCAGAAUGAGGAAUCCAAAACGAGAGUUGAACGACAUUCGGUUUGAAUUUGCCGUGGGGAAAGAUUCGGCCGAGGGCAUAGCGUCUGAGCUGGUUGGGGCAGGCCUGGUGGAUGGCAGGGAUAUUGUUGUCAUUGCUGCAAACCUUCAGAAACUUAUAGACAGUGGAGGACAGCUCCGCACUGUCACCUUCCCCCUGAACUCUGGUUAUGCAAGCAAUGAAGUUCCUGAUGAUAAAGCAUUGAUUGGUUUUGCUCAAAUCUCCGUAACGGACUAACGCGUAAAGAAGAUGGAGCCGUGAAAUGCCACGUGCGAUUUUGCUAUGUAAACGUGGUGGUUGCUUGCGUUCAUUUUAUGAUUCCUAAAUGCAGUUGUGUAGGAAUCAAGAAUAAAGAGUGUGAAAGAGGAAUGGAACUCUGUACUUCUCACGGAUAGUGCAGGAAGUUCUUCGGCGGAACAUUUAAAAUAAUUGCGCACGUGGCUUUUUGUUUCACGCAGAUUAUACGUAAAAAAUGUUUUGUUGCAAUACAGGUCCAUGUUCAUAGAGCACUGGCCAAGUAAGUUAUCGGAGAGUGUGAUAGAUGAGAAUGCCAAGUACUUACAAUACCAUACUUUAUAACUUUAUUACGGUUAUUCUAGACAUAUUCUUUGAUUUGCGGUUAGUGUAUUUAUGAUACAGGAAACUAGAAUGAUGAACUAGUAAAAUUCUCACUCCAGAAUCAGUUGCAUUUGUCUGCUCUCCAUUGUAGCAGAUAAAUUAUUCCUAAAUAAAUGAUCUAAUGUAAUGGAAUUUAGAUUUGCAUUAACAGAUGGCAACUGAGAGCAGAAGGCGGUGUUCGUAUUUUGAUUUUGGAGCAGAGUCUUUGCAUCUGAAGUAUCGGCUUAUAAGUGGAAAAGGUUCAAGAUUUUUUUUAUAAUUCGCUUGUGCUGGUUAAGUUGUAAAUUGAGUCUCUUACAAAAAUAAAAUACAAUUUCUGUAAAUUGGUGACACCGAUUUUUUGACGUUUGCUUGUGGUGCACAUCGAUUAUAGCCGUAUAACUAAGUUUCCAUGUUCACUGAAGUCACUUUGUAGAUAUAUUAACUAUAUUAUUAUAUUUUGUUAUGUAAAUGCAGGAAUAAUGCCCACAAGAUUGAUUAUUCUUUCUUGUAUGUACUUUGGAAGCAUGUUUUGUCUUAGCAAUUUGUGAACGUGCCAACUUGCUGGUAACCCUGAGAUUCUGCCAGUCCAAAGCCUCAUAACUCCUAGAGUUUCUCUGAGAUCCUCAGUCUUCCAAGUGCCUGAUUUUGUCCAAAAAAUUCUCUGUGCCUUUCGUGUUUGCCCUGUCAUCUCAGCCACCUUAAUUUUGCUAAUCGAACAACGCUGAAUGGGCUGUUUAAAUUGUCAAAGUUCUCUGUUAUGUAAUAUUUCCAUCCCAGACUUUUAACCUUUUUAAUCUAUUGUUUUAUUUGUAUAUUUUGAAAUUAAUAUAUUAUAUUUAUUUUCCUCAAAGCUACAAGUGUGUGUAUAUUAGCAGUAAUUAGGUUUAGUACUUUUGUGAUUGGGUACUUCCACUUUUAUAUUGACUGUCAGUUUUAGGUUAGGUUACCAAAAGCAACAAAUUAUCAAUAGUCUGAGCACAGGUAUUUUUUGAAAUGCCACAAAAUUAACCUCGGGCUUGUUUGAAAGGUGUCUUCAAAAUGCGAAUACAACCUCCAAAUAUUUCCUUUAUUCGACUUGUUGAAGUUAGGCAGAAAGCAUGCUCUAGAUGUAUGAAUCCUUCAAGAAGUUCCCACUUUGAUUCUCUAUUGUAGUUCUUAGUGUUUUCAUCUGGCAUUUCUUGUUAUGUUCUUUGCCGUGUUUAUGAAAAUGUUGUGAUCUUGUCUUCAAAUAUGUGACAACUUUUUCUUCUUAUUCUCUCCUUCACGGUCAUUUUCAUAUGUCAUUUGACACUACAUAAUGUCUGCAGUUGAUACACCAUUAUUAAAUAACUUUUAACUUUAUUCCUAGUCAGAAGGCAAAAUUAUUGGACAGUGAAUGUGGUGACGACAUGCCAGCCGCUGUGCGUAUUUAAUUACGUGGUUACAGAUGAAAGUCCAGUAAAUACUGUGCAGUACUGAUAUGAAAUUUAACCGCUUCUGGUGAUUUGACAUUAACGGUUUUAAGGGUAGUAAAGGCAUUUGGCUUUUCCUUUCCUGUUCCAACAGAAAAACGUUUGUGCAGACAGGCGUGGGUUUAAUAUUGAUGUUCGUCUUGUUACUAUAUAAAUUAAGCCUGAACAUGGCAUGACCACGUGUCAUUAGGUACAGCCCUUGGUGUGCGGAUUAAAGUUUUGGCAAUGGCAUCAAAGAAUUUGUAACAACUUGUAAAUUAUUUUGUCAGGUAUAAACAACAGUAGUGUGGUUAGUACUUUGGUCUGUGAACCGUGGUUCUUAUGCCAUAGUGGCCUGAAACGUUUCAUAGGUGAGUGCCCAUUUCUUCAUCUCAUAUUCUGAAAUUACAGCAAACCUUCCUUUUUCAUGAGCAUUACCCACUGUGAAACACUGGCCUAGUAAUUACGAGUUACAUCUUUCACUGCUGCAUGCAGCAACAAGUGUUAUUGGUGGUGAAGACGAGUGCUUUGUACGUGUGUUGAUAUCACGAUGUCAUUGGGAGAAAUUUAGAUAAUGCAAAGUGACUUGACUGUUCAUGGAAACAUGGUGUUUGUUACAUGCAUUUUUUCCCUGUCACUUUGAAUAAAAUACUUGCCACUUUUUAAAUUAUAAAAUUCUUCACAAAGUGUGAAAGCAGAGAAAAUGGCCUAUUAUUAGUUUUAGGAUAGUAGUACAUUUGACCAUUGACCUAUAUGAAACAAACAAUGCUAGAAGAAAUACAUUUGAGACUGAGAGUAACUAAAAUUAAUUUUUUGGGGGAUGUUGGAUGAUGCUAAUCUGAUACAAUGUAAAAGUAUUGUAUGUGCCUUAUGUUAUUCUUUCAUUUGCAAAAUAGCGUGCACGUAUUUGAAACUGGUUUCUCAGUUUAUUUAAUGGUUACAUAUGAAAGCUUUCAUAUUUAAAAAUGAUAGGAAAGUUUUCUGCUUAGGGAUUCUAAAUUUAUAAAUUCAGUAUUUGUUUAAGUUAUAAAUGCUAUGUAAUGUUGGGUGGUGCUGCAUCUUAUAAUUCUUUUCACUCUUGAAUGAAGGUUUUGUUGCGUCCUGGUGGUCAGGACACAUCGUUCUUGCAGUGAAAAGGUUACAAGAGUUCCUGUCUUCACAGAAGUAAAGAAUUCAAGACACUUCAAAAUAGAGAAAAUGGCUGUACAUAAGUGUGUUAAUGUGUAGGUGGGUUGAACAGAGUGUACGCGUUCAUGUGUUUCGCUUUGGCAUGUCCAACGUACUGCAUUUUCUCAUUAUCUGGUCGGACUAAUUUGAGAUUGUGUGCGCAUAUGAAAUAAAAUAAAGAUGGAUCUUGAUAUUUCCUGUAGUAAAGGUGGUGUGAAGGACUCUUUAUAGGCCUACAGAAAUUCUUACCAGUUAGGUAUCGUGUUAUGUGUACAGUAAUUAUAUUCAAUUUGAUGAUGUGCUGUGGUUAUGAUCAGUUGUAAAAAUGUGGAAAUAUCUGUCCCUCAGGUUUGUGGGGUGGAAAGAAAGUAAAUAAAUGUGUGAUAAUGUGUUUAUGAUGCAACACCACUCCAUGUUUCUCUGCUGAAUCAACAUUGUACGUUCCAAGCACUCUGCAAGUAUUUGAGAUAUAAAUUCUACUUUGUGAUGCAUUGUAGCCAUUUUAAAAAGAUCUGCUCAAUACACUGCUGAUAGAUUAU